CCCUUAGCCAAUCUCAAGCAAAAGAUACACCAAAAUCUUUAUCCAGUCCCUCCAAACAGGGUUCAAAGAAAUCCCCCACAAAAAGGAUUUCGAAAUUAAACACAAACAGUUAGGGUAUUUUCCAAACACAGCAAAUCUUCACUGUACAAAAACAAUCUACAGAAUAUCUGCAACUGUUUACAGACAGCGAAAUGAGAUUAUUUGAAGCGCAGAGCAGAGAGAGUGAAACAUUAAACCAUAAAAACUGAGUGAAGUAGUUGAACCCUGAACUUAAAACAAAAAUAAACCCUAGAUUUUGAUUUUUCUAUUGUAAUUUUGUAGUUUAUUUUCACUGUAAUUUUUUUUUUUUUUUUUACAUUUUGAUACUGUGAUUGUGCUGGGUUGAUGUUGAUAUAAGAUAAAAGAGUUAUCAAUUAAGAAAACGACUUGAUCCAACAGCAAAACAAAAAUUCAUCAGAUUUUAAAUUCAAUUUUCUUUUUUAUCAUUUAAAGUAAGCAAAACAAAACCCAGAACCAAUCCUGAAAAGUUUUGCAGCAAAAACAAGUACAAACGGGAAAUUUUCUGGCAGACUCUCUCUGAAUCGAAAUCUCUGGUGAUGGUGAUGAUGAUUUCUUUUUCAGUAUUAUUGGUUUUGAUUUGAUGCAAGAAGGAAAGAAGAAGACAUUUGUUUGUAAGUUUGUGUGAUUUUUUUUUAUUGGGUGAAAGUUUUUCUGAACAUACAAAAAUGUCAUUUCAAGAAGAAGGAGAAGAACAGUGAAAAGUUUGACUGUCUUGUCUUUUGAUUUGAUUUGGUUUUUGGCUGAUUUCAUUUAGAGGAAGAAUCUUCAUAAAGUUUUCGUGUUCAUCUUACCUCACUUCAAUUGUUCUGAAGAAUGUCACUGUGAAAGUCUUCUGGUAUUUGGAGAAGAGAUUACUAUUCAACUUACUAUUUUUAGAAGAUUUUUUUGGAAGUAAAAAAGGGAAACAGGGGGUUUUACAGAGGGGAGUUGUUGAAUUAUAAGACAGAAGAAGAAAAGUUUAAUGUCUUUUCUAUAAAGAGAAGCCACAGUUCUUUCUUCCAAUUUUUAUUAUGAUGUUUGUGGGAUUGGAAAGGCUGUAAGAGAUUUUUGUAAGUGAAAGGGUUAUUAUUAUUUUUUGGGAUUUGAUCAAAUGAAUAUUCAACAGAAAAGAGGGAAACAAAAGGGGGGGUGUUCUACUUCUUCUGCUGAUGUUGUUGUUAGUGAGAAAGUUGUAGUUGCAGUUAAAGAAUCUAAAGAAAUACCAAGAACUGCACUUGUUUGGGCUUUAACUCAUGUUGUUCAACCUGGGGAUUGUAUUACUCUUUUGGUUGUUGUUCCUGCUCAUACUUCAGGUAGAAAAUGGGGCUUUCCAAGAUUCACUGGUGACUGUGCCAGUGGGCAUCGAAGGUCUUCUGCAGGGACCAGUAUAGAGCACAAGUGUGAUAUUUCAGAUACAUGCUCCCAGAUGAUGCUUCAGCUGCAUGAUGUGUAUGAUCCAAACAAGAUAAAUGUCAAGAUAAAGAUUGUUUCUGGAUCACCUUGUGGAGCGGUUGCUGCAGAAGCUAAGAGAACUCAAGCUAACUGGGUCGUACUGGAUAGACAGCUUAAACCUGAGGAGAAACGUUGCAUGGAAGAGCUGCAAUGUAAUAUUGUGGCUAUGAAACGUUCCCAUCCAAAAGUACUUCGCUUAAAUUUGGUUGGAUCGCCUAAGAAGAACCUUGAAGGAGCUGGCUUAGUUCCUUCUGAGCUAGUGGAUUCACCUGAAGGACAUCCAGAAAACAAGGAUGGUACAUUGAAGACCAUUCGAGGUCCAGUUGUGACACCGUCCAGUAGUCCUGAACUUGGGACACCAUUCACUGCAACUGAAGUUGGAACAUCUUCAGUAUCAAGUUCAGAUCCAGGAACUUCUCCAUUUUUCAUCUCGGAAGUUAAUGGUGACCUGAAGAAAGAGGAGUCAUCAGUCUCACAAGAACACCGGCAUGGUGAUGAAACUAGCUCAGACACUGACAGUGAAAAUUCAAGCCAUCCCUCGACCAGUUUUGGAUUCCAACCAUGGAUGACAGAAAUGCUUAGUUCCAAUCGUCAAACAUCAAAGCAACUAGAAGAAAAUUCGCACAGACUCCGUGAUAAAACUCAAACUUCCACUGCCAAAGCCUUGCUGGAGAAAUUCUCUAAACUUGACCGUGAAGCGGGAAUAGAAUCGAUGAACUAUAGGUCAGAUAACGACUACAAUGGAAACGUAAGAGAAGCAGUUUCUCUAGCAAGGAAUGCACCUCUAGGUCCACCACCUCUUUGCUCAAUAUGCCAACACAAGGGACCUGUAUUUGGGAAACCACCAAGGUGGUUUAGCUAUGCUGAGUUGGAACUUGCAACAGGUGGAUUUUCGCAAGCAAAUUUCUUGGCUGAAGGUGGGUUUGGAUCUGUCCACAGGGGAGUCCUACCAGAUGGCCAGUCUGUUGCCGUUAAGCAACACAAAUUGGCUAGUUCUCAAGGGGAUCAAGAGUUUUGUUCAGAAGUUGAGGUUCUAAGUUGUGCACAGCACCGAAAUGUUGUCAUGCUCAUUGGAUUCUGCGUAGAGGAGAAAAGAAGGUUGCUGGUUUAUGAAUAUAUUUGCAAUGGGUCAUUGGAUUCUCAUCUUUACGGACGUAAUCGAAAUCCAUUAGAAUGGUCGGCACGGCAAAAAAUUGCAGUUGGAGCUGCUCGUGGAUUGCGAUACCUCCAUGAAGAGUGUAGAGUGGGUUGUAUCGUCCAUCGUGAUAUGCGUCCCAACAAUAUACUUAUCACACAUGAUUUUGAACCACUGGUGGGAGAUUUUGGCCUUGCAAGGUGGCAGCCAGAUGGAGACCUGGGAGUAGAAACCAGAGUAAUUGGAACAUUUGGGUACCUGGCUCCAGAAUAUGCACAAAGUGGUCAAAUUACCGAAAAAGCUGAUGUAUACUCUUUCGGAGUGGUUUUAGUAGAGCUUGUUACAGGACGCAAAGCUGUUGACAUCAACCGGCCUAAGGGUCAGCAAUGCCUUACUGAAUGGGCACGCCCUUUGCUAGAAGACUAUGCUGUUGAUGAAUUGGUGGACCCACGGUUGGCCAACCGUUAUUCAGAACAAGAGGUUUAUUGCAUGCUGCAUGCUGCGUCGCUGUGCAUUCGCCGUGAUCCCCAUGCAAGGCCUCGCAUGUCUCAGGUGCUACGAAUUUUGGAGGGUGACAUGUUGAUGGACUCAAAUUUCUGUUCGACACCUGGAUACGAUGCUGGAAACAGGAGUGGGAGACUUUGUCCAGAGCAACAACAGCAGCAGCAGCAGCAACAACAACAUUAUAGUGGUCCGCUUUCAAAUGAGGCAUCAUCAGAGGGAUUAAGCGGGAAAUUCUCCUACGAGGCGCUGAAAAUGGCUUAUUGGGAAAGAGAGAAUGCAAGAAGAAGGGGUUCUUGUGACGAAGAUCUAUGAUCAAUUGUCUCAUAAUAGAUAGAUUAUAUAUGUAAUACAUAAGAUGCAGGUCCUUGUUUUUUGUUUUGCUUCCUCUAUGCCUAUUUUUUUAAAGCAAUAGGAAGAAGAAAUAUAUAUAUAUAUAUAUAAGGGUUAUAUGUAGAGUGAAGGGAGGAGUAACUGUUGUUACAAAUGGCAAUGUAGAAACGGUUUAAUGUUUCUUGUUUUGUGAAUGAAGCUAGAAUCAUUUAGGAGUUUUCGUUCAA